UACAAAUCAAGAACACCGAGAAGAGAGCAGAUCAAAUGAACUCAAAUGGCCACAUAUUUCUAAUUAUUUCGAACAACCAAAGUCAAGUGACUUAAAUUUAAAUUCGAACAAUUUAAUAUUUAAAUGCCUUAUCUGUGACCCAAAAGAAAAACAAGUGUCUACUUCUAAAUUAUCUAAUUCAAAUCUUAGAACACAUAUAAAAGUAAGAUACCUAUACGGCUAUACCUACCUUUAAAUUAUAUGUAGGUAUACAUUGAAAUUCAAGUUUAAAGUUGAUUUCUUUUAAAAAAAAACUAUAAUUGUUUACAUGGUUAUAUCAAAAAAUAGAUUGAUAUUAAUAAUUGUAUUUAUUAGUUCAAUAUGCAAUACUUACAAAACCAUUUAUAACUUUAACUUUAUUUUGAUGUUUAUAUACAUACCUAUUUUUUUUUUAUCUACAUCAUUUAAAAGAGUAUUUGCCGUUUGAGCUAGAAUAUUUUACAAAUUAUUUUAUUUGUUGUUUUUUCAGCUUAAUCAUCCAAGUGAGUUGAUAGAAUUUAACAAUUGUGCCAAAAAAAAGACCAUUAAAUUCUUCUACGUUUAUAGCUCAUAAACAACUAAAAUUGAGUGAGGUUGGUAAAGUACAACCAACCAAAAAGUUGAAUCAAAAUCAAUUUGACAGGGAAAAUAUAAAACUAAUAAUUGAAACUGUAUCACAUUUUUCAUUUAUCGAACAUCCUGCAUUUAUAAACUACUGUAGUGUGACAUCUAAUAAAGUUCCUGCAUCAUGUAGAAACUUCAUGCGUGAUGUAAAAUUUUUAUACGCCAAAAUGAUUAGUGAAAUUGUCCGAAACUUGGAAAAAAUUAAAUAUGUAUGUAUUACAGCAGAUUGUUGGAGCAUAUUUCACAGGUAAUAAUAUAUAAUAUAAUAUAAUAUAAUUAUAUUUCAUGUAGAUAAAUUAAAUUUUUAUUUUGAUUAUUUUAGAUCAUACAUAGGAUUUACAAUCCGCUGGAUUAAUCCUCUGACAUUGGAAAGAUGUUCUAAAGCACUAGCUUGCAGGCGAAUGAUAGGAUGACACACAUAUGAUAAUAUUGCAGAAUCAAUAGACAAAGUGCUCAAUGAAUUUAAAAUUCAAAAUAAAACAACUUUAAUAGUCACAGACAAUGCUGCAAAUUUUGUAAAAAGUUUUAGGUAAGUAGGUAUUUUUUUUUAUACUUAAUAAUUUUCCAUUGUUAAAUUUGAUUUAUAUUUUACAAGAACUUCUACUAAUUACUAGAGGCCAGAUUUCUAUGUCCUCAUAAAGAUUAAAAAAAAAUGUUUUAUGCAGUUAAAAUUAAGAAAUAAUUUCUCAUAUGUUACUUUGAGUUUUCCUUCAAAAUAAGCUUUUACUAAAACAGAAAAUGAAUAUUUUGGUUUUUAACUGUUUCAAAAAUACAAACUAUUAACUUUUUAUGUUAAUUACUUUCAAUAAAUUCAACCAACAACUUUAAAAAAAUCUAGUUGAUAGGUAUUUCAUUCAUAAUAUUGUUAAUAAAUUCUAAAUGCAUAUUGAUAUCAGUUAAAUUUUUAAAAUAUUUAAAUUAGAUUUAAUUAUUAAAAUAAUUUAAGAUGAAAAAUAAAUCAAUGGGAUAUUACUGUUUGCUUUUUUGGUUAAUAAAUAUUAUAUAAUCAAAAUAUAAUCUCAAUUUCAUUAUUUUAUAGAGUAUACAGUAAAAAUGAUAAUGAUUUUGCUACAAAUGAUGAUAUUGAUUUAACUGGGGUUAUUGAAGUCUCUGUUGAAAUCACUAAUGCUCUUAGUUCAGAGCAGAACAUUGAUCAACUUCUGAAUAUAUCAUUGCUCCCACACCAACGUUGUUCGGCUCACACAUUAAACUUAAUAGCAUCUGUUGGUAUUCAAGAAGCUGAAAAAGAUUUUGCAUAUAGGACCAUAAGCCUAAAAGUGUUUAAAAAAUGUCAAGCGAUUUUCAACAAGCAAAAUCAGUCUACAUUAAGUGCAGAUAUAAUUAAAAAUCAUCUUGGACGGUAUCUCAUCACACCGAAUGCCACCAGGUNUACUAGUUUCAAUAAACUAUAUAUAAUUCAAGAAUAA